AUGUCGUCUUUGUUCAAUGCGUUUGUUGUAGUUUUAAGUUUCGUUUUAGUUAUGAAAGUUUCAGCAAUAGACUUCAGGAUAAUAGGAGGUUUCCACGCGCCUGAAGAAUAUGGAAGGUUUCACGCGUCAGUUCAGAAUUUAACUGGUCAUCAUGUUUGUGGUGGCGCUGUGGUGUCCCAGUGGUUUGUGGUAUCUGCAGCUCAUUGUGUGCAUAAAGCAAAUCCUCGUUUCAUAAAAAUAGUAGCAGGCACCAACAAUUUAGACAUUGGGGGCAAAAGAUGCGGCGUUUCUACAAUAAUAGUGCACCGACGAUACAAUACGACUAGCAGACAACAUGAUAUUGCACUUCUCAAAACGAGAAGUCCAUUCGAUUUGCAAAUCAUCAAACCUUUGAAACUAAGUAGACGGCAUCUUCAUGAAGGCGACGAGAUUGUUUUGGUCGGAUUUGGUGCUAGUGAGCCACAUGGAUCAUCGAGUCGCGUUAUGUACACUUUGGAAAUGCCAGUUUUUAAUCAAGAGGUAUGCGAAUUUGCGAUGAGAUAUUCGAGACCAGUUACCAAAGAAAUGUUUUGCACAUUCACGAAGAUUGGCCAGGGAACAUGUCACGGAGAUUCUGGCAGUCCAUUAGUAAAAGGCAAUGAGCUGGUUGGCAUAGUAUCUUGGGGGAUCCCUUGUGCCGUAGGAUUCCCUGAUGUCCAUACAAGAUUGGCUCCGUACGUUGACUGGAUUAAGAUGCACAUUCACGAAGGCUAUUGUGGUGCCCCCAAGCGCCAAUUUUUUAUGAAAAAAUAG